AACGCCAAACAAACUCUGUACGAAGAAACAGAAGAAGAUUUACAUCGAGGUGUUCGGGUUGUAGUUAUCAGAUUCACUGCGAAUUCUUCCUUUUAUAAGCUGCAGCAAUGGCUGAGGACAGAGUUGAACGAUCAGAUGGACGGAUAGUAAAGAUGGAGGUUGACUACAGUGUCACUGUAGAUCAACGUCUGCCUGAGUGUGAGAAAAUGGCCAGAGAUGGCAGACUACAGGAGGCCAUCGAGAGUCUGCUGUCACUAGAGAAGCAAACAAGAACUGCUUCAGAUAUGGUGUCCACCUCCAGGAUCUUGGUGGGUAUAGUUCAGAUAUGCUAUGAAGCCAAAGACUGGGAUGCCUUGAACGAAAACAUCAUGCUACUGUCUAAGAGAAGAAGUCAGUUGAAGCAGGCUGUUGCAAAGAUGGUACAGGAAUGUUAUACAUAUGUCGAUGCUGAGAGUGACCUGUCAAUCAAACUCAGACUCAUCGACACGCUACGCACAGUCACUGCUGGAAAGAUAUAUGUGGAGAUUGAGCGUGCCAGGCUGACUAAAACAUUGGCCUGUAUCAAAGAGCAAAAUGGAGAGGUGAAAGAGGCUGCAUCCAUUCUGCAGGAACUGCAGGUGGAAACAUAUGGCUCAAUGGAAAAGAAGGAGAAGGCAGAGUUCAUUCUGGAGCAGAUGAGGCUGUGCAUUGCUGUCAAGGACUACAUUCGCACACAGAUCAUUAGCAAAAAGAUCAACACUAAGUUUUUCCAGGAUGAGGGCACUGAGGACUUGAAACUGAAAUAUUAUAAUCUGAUGAUUCAAGUUGAUCUGCACGAGGGCUCCUACUUGUCCAUAUGCAAACAUUACCGAGCCAUAUAUGACACUCCUUGUAUACUAGAAGACGCAUCCAAAUGGCAGCAGGCUCUCAAGAGUGUGGUGCUCUACGUGAUUUUGGCUCCUUAUGACAAUGAACAGUCUGAUUUAGUUCAUAGAAUCAGCACUGACAAGAAACUGGAGGAAAUACCCAAAUACAGGGAUCUCCUGAAACAAUUCACCACCAUGGAGCUGAUGCGCUGGUCAUCUGUAGUGGAGGAUUAUGGAAAGGAACUGAGGGAGGGUUCCAUGGGAACUCCUGACACUGAUGUCUUCACCUACUCAGAAGAGGGAGAAAAGAGAUGGAAGGAUCUGAAGAACAGAGUGGUAGAACAUAACAUCAGAAUAAUGGCAAAGUAUUACACAAGUAUCACAAUGGGGAGAAUGGCAGCACUGCUCGACCUCUCUAUUGAUGAAUCAGAGGAGUUCUUAUCAAACCUGGUGGUCAACAAGACCAUCUAUGCGAAAGUGGACCGCCUCGCUGGUAUCAUUAAUUUCCAGAGGCCUAAAGACCCUAACGAUCUUCUGAAUGAUUGGUCUCAAAAACUGAACUCUCUCAUGUCUCUGGUCAACAAAACCACUCAUCUCAUUGCCAAAGAAGAGAUGAUCCACAACCUCCAGUAGAGCCAGUCAGGCAGGCCUUGGUACACUUUUUUCUUUUUUUUUUUUUCUUCACCAUUUGCUGUCAUUGCUUCUGUUUAAAUUGUUAUUGACUGAGAUGACAGAGAACAAUGUUAGUUUCCGUCAUGAGUUUUACACUGCACUAAAACUUACUGUGUUUUGUGUUUAACUAUAGUUAAUGUCCAGAGAAAAUCACUCAACUCCAUGUGAAGCCUCCCAACCUCCGUGACACCCCAUUCCCCUUUGUAUUAAAUAAAUGCCUUGUAUUCCUUUCAGGCAUUUAUAGAAAAAAAGCAUAAGAAGAUGCAUUCAAAUGUUGCUUCAGCAUGUACAAUAAACUUUUUUUUUUUUUUUUUGGGAAAUAA